AAUAACUUUUUCAGGUUUUAUUGAACAGCUGUGCAGACAUCUACAAAAGACUUUGAAUUCUUAGCCAGUGAGCAUGUCUAAUGAAAGGUUGUUGCCGGAGAAGCCGCCAGAGUAUACUGAUGUAGCUGGAGGGUAUGGAGCGCAACACUCUCAACCAGAACAGAAAGCAGGUGAAGGAGGCUACCAAACACAACCACCAGCUGGUUCCAUGCCAUAUCAGGGGGGCUACCCACCUCAGGAGGCCCCUGUCUAUCCCAGCCAAGGAAAUUACCCACCAAUGGGUCAAACAUAUCAGCAGACCACCACUGUGAUCCAUGGUCAACCACAGCCAACAUAUACUAAUGUAGUGGUGGUAGGAGGAUGCCCUGCUUGUAGGGUUGGGGUGUUGGAAGAUGACUAUACAUGUCUUGGAGUGUGCUGUGCAAUAUUCUUCUUCCCUAUUGGGUUGCUAUGUUGUUUGGCCAUGCGACAACGGAGAUGUCCAAACUGUGGGGCCAUCUUUGGAUAAAUGAAAGAACAAGCAUCUAUGAUAUAUGAACCUAUGUGUAUAUUUCCUUUAACUGUAUACAUUGUAUUUAAAUUCCAUAAAAAAAUCAUUAUUACCCGAGUAUUAGACUAAAUUAUGAAGUAAAAUGAAGGAACCUUAUUGGAGGAAAUUGAAAGGAUGAGUCUUUGGACUAACGCCUUCAGAUAAAGCAAAAAAGUAAUUUUGCAAUUACUAAAUCCAUGUACUUUAUAUUUUGAACAGGCUAUCAGUGGCAUAGCCAGAAAGAAAAAGCGACAAGGCAAAAAAUGUAUUAUAAAAAAAAGCAACAAGGUGUAAAAUUCCAAGAUAUGUCAGAAAUAUGAAUAACGCAAAUUAUUUGUCUGAAAUAUGAACGUAAAGUUAGCCAAGAUAAAACAACAUUUAAGUAUGAACUUAGUUGAUGGUGGCAACUGGCAAUAGAAGAGCAUAAUGAUACCUCUUUCGUGAUGAGAUAAUGCACAAUUGAAUUAACUUCAUUAUUAGAACAUCUCUCUUAAAAAAGCUUUGUCUCUCUCAUUUAGGCUACACUACAGGCUAUAGAACUAUACAUAUAUGUAUACUGCAAUUCAAAUA